AUGGCCCUCGCCGUGACGCUUCCUAGUAGCCCUGAGUCGCCUCUCUCCAGCUCCGACGGAAGCUUUAUGACUGCAACCCAGAGGCCAAGCUGCGAAAACCCGGUCACGCCAUCGAGUCACCCCAGUGAUAGAAGUACUGCAGUGCUCCAGAUUGUGGAUAAUCCGGAGAGACCCUCGACACCUAUUGCUGAAACAUGGACGGAAUGGGCCGGGAUUGCUUCCCUCCUGCACACCCUCACCGGGGAGCUUAACACCACAGACGAUCCGGGCCCUAUCCCCCAGAUCACAAUUGACGAUAGUACUCUUUCAUCUUCCCCAUCAUCAGCUGCUUCAUCGUCUCCCAGACACUCUCCCAAUGAACCCCUAUUACUACCUCUUUCUACAACUUCCGAUCACCCUGGAGCGUGCUCUUUAGAGCAGAGGGGCCCUUUCCAAAAGUGGAUCGACUCACUUCAUCGACGUGCUAGCCACCGGUCCAGAAGGUUCGGGCACUCGCGACACACGGCCACCAAUGGGUUUGAAGACGGCUUCCACAUCCAUUCGAAAUCUUCAUCUGGUUCCUCAUUUGCCUUUGUAUCGGCCGUGAAAAGUGCUAGUAUUGGUAUUGGAAGCGUCACCACAAACACGAGGAGCCGCCCAGGCACCAUGCAUUCUCGAUCAAGGACCGACCGGAGCAGUCGGCUUUCCGCAGCACCUCCUCGGUUCUCAGAGGAUAGCACGCAUAAUAACGUCGUUUUGGGUGCAAUGGAUAAGGCUGGGAUCAGUCGCUCGAUACAGCGUCGGAGCAUACUAGAAGAACUUAUCGCAACCGAGGAAAACUAUAUUGGAGACGUGCGUUUUUUGAUCAAUGUUUAUAUGACUACCUUUGCCUCUUUACCCGCAAUAUCAGCAGGCCUUAGAUCUUCGAUCAAUCGUAACCUUACCGACAUUGUUGAGCUUCACGAGGAUAUCCUUGGAGAACUCCAUAGAGUUGUCCCUAACUCGGAAUAUACUCAGCUGGAAGUUCCCAAGCCGCCAGAACGUCUCCAGCCCAGGGCACAUCAGCGUUGGAAGAGCCUAGACUCUGUCCCCGAGAAUGUUGGGCAUAUGUCCUGGCUACAGCGUGUUCCGGGAAUGGUCGCCGAUGCCCAGGUUGCCGAAGAAGUUGCCAAAGUAUUCGGGAAAAGGAUGAAUCGUUUCUUCAUAUAUAAGGAAUAUGGGGCCAAGUACGAAAUGAUGAUCAAAGAUAUAAACUCGAUGCACCGCACCAUGCCGGAGUGGGAGAACUACCAACGAGGCGUUGAAAUUCUAGCCACAUCCCUUGGUUCAAAACAAACCCAAUUAGAUCGUGCGAAGAAGGCUCUCACCAUUGCAGAUCUUCUCAUGAAGCCAAUUCAAAGGGUCUGCCGGUACCCUCUACUGUUUGCGGAGCUUUUGAAGUACACCACCGUGGACGACUGCGCGAAUUCACAUAUGGAGGUUGAGAACACAUUGAUUCGGCUUCGUGAAGCGACAGCAGAGAUCAACCGAGCUACUGAUGAUGUGAGGAUGAAGUCUAUCCUAGAGAAAACGUGGACUCUGCAGGAUCGCCUUGUCUUCUCUAACCAGAUAGAUGGAGAGGGUCUGAUUAUGAUUCAGAGACUUGAUGCUGCCUCCAAAAACCGAAUCCGCUCCUUUGGACAUAUCAAACUUUGUGGAGCUCUCCAUGUAUGCUGGUCCUCGAAGGAGGGGGUGCAGGGCCGAUACAUGGUCUGCCUUCUAUACCCGGACGUUCUGUGUCUGGCUUCCGCUGGCAAGGCGGAUCAGAUUUACAAUAUACAGCUCUGCGUCGGACUAGCAUCCCUAAAAGUGGAGGAGGUUGAUAACGGAAGAGGCUUACAAUGCCACACGGCUCCAUAUUCUUGGAAGGUCGUCUUCGAAUGUGAUUGCCAGCUGUAUGAGGUGAUGAUGACAGCGUGCACAGCAAAAGAGGAGUUGGAAUGGAGGUGCAGGUUAGCAAGCCCCUCCUUCGACCGGGCAAUCCAAAAAGAGCCCAACUGGUUCAGCUGGCUUUCCCUCGAUAUAAAGCCAUUGGGCACCGUUUUCGGCAAGCCAGCACCGUCGCGCGGAGAGAGAGCCAGAAUCGAGGCUCUUCUGGUGGACGUGUGGAGCCGUGAUAUCCUUCCUUUCCCCGGGAUGACCACAAGGUCAAGAAGCGAGCAUCUUGUGCGGUCGUCUGCCUCGUCUGUAAUGCGAAAGUUGAGUGUCGCGAGUAUCGCUAGUUCCUUUAGUCGCCGGCCGGGCAGCCUCACAAGUCUGCCUAAGACUUCUGCGGAUACAGACGCUGGGGAAGGUGAUGAGGGCAGUGGGAACGCCUCGCACAACGAGCCCGAUAGUCCGAUCGAGUGGAAGUUAACAUUUGGUGAGGACGCUGGAUUGCCAAUGAUCCAAGACGAGAACGAGGCGAGGACACCAGACGUUAUUGACAGCCAUCUGUCUCCGAAUGAUCACCUCCACAACCUGUCCGACGGCCGCCCCUGCGACGUCGGCGCAAUUCGGCCAGAGCUUCGUAGACAGGAGCUGCUCGCUACCCACAGCGUCCCAGGCUCCUCUAUCUUCGAGAAGGGGGCAGCGGAGACAGAGGACUCGUCUAUCCCGGCUUGGCCUUUGCCCAAGCCGUCGCCAGAGCUGCCAGAAAAAGAAAACCAGCAACCAGAGAAACAACCGAGAGAGAUUGAGAAGCGGGAAUCGAAAGGAUGGUCCAAGGUGCCGAAGGGAACGAGUCGAAGGAAGGGAAUGGUGUUAUCUGGGAUCAAGAGUAUUUUUACAUGA